AUGGUUUCAAGAAAUUAUAGGCCAAGUAUGGAAAAGUCUAGUAUUGAUUUGAAUCGUGAAACAUCAUCGACAUCUGUCUCUGAAACCCAACCUGAAUAUAGUGUUGAAGGGUUGGAAAAUAUAGAUGCCAUUGUGGGGAAUGACCAGACUUCUACACAUUUCUGGGCUCGAAUCGCAUAUUACUUCAACACCAACCAAAAAGGUGAGCAAGCAAGAACUGGAAGGCAAUGCAAAGACCAUUGGAACAAGAUGAAUCAAAAGGUGGCGCGAUUCAAUGGAUGUUAUAAACGAGUUCAAUUAGCACAUCACAGUGGUUGGUCUGAUGAGCAAAUUCUUGAGAAUGCACAUCAAUUGUACAAAUCUGAAAAUAACAACUCAAAUUUUCUGCUUGUGGACUGUUGGAGAUUGCUAAAGGAUGAGCUGAAAUGGAAUACAAUGUACCAACCAAAAGGUGGUAAGAGAACAAAGGUGUCAGAUACAGGGGCAUUUACUUCUUCUUCCAAUGCAGACAUCAGUGAUGAUGAAGUACGUGAAGUGCGCCCUACUGGCCAAAAGGCAACAAAUAGAAAAGGGAAGGAAAAAAAAGACACACAUGCUAGAUUUAUAGAGAUUAGUGAACGGAAGGCAUCUGCAUUGGAGAAAUUGGUGGCGAUAAAGGAGAAAGAGGCGACGAUAAAGGAGAAAGAGGCAGAAGAUAAUAGGAUGACAAAAUACAUGGAUUAUCUCAUCAUGGACACGUCGCAUAUGACUCAUGAACAAAAGAAAGAUUAUGAAAACUUCUAUAUUUCAACUGCUAUAUUUUAA